ACUGGAACCGGGUUGAUUUGGGGGGCUAGGAAAGCUUGUUAAGGAAGCGUGGGCAGUUAAUAUGUACUUCACCACCAAAGUUGCAUCGUACAGCGCCCCAAGAGCAAUGAUUGGUUAGGAUCGUACCUAGGCAAGCAUUUAAAUUUCAGAAGGUUCAAAGGUGACAGGGAAACCUUCCAUCAGACUUGUCGCAGUCAUUUGAGAUCUCAAAGGUAGUUUCUUUCUUGGAAGCCAAGCUUGUUUCCAAGGUCAAGCUGUGCCUGUCGGUGAGGAUGAAGAAAACAAUUGUGUUUCUUUGUAUUGUUGUAACAGCUUGGGCACUCCCGCUUCUUCAACAUGAACAAAGGAAUAUUAUUAGCAAUGGAGAAAAUGAGGAUUUAUCAAAUGCUGUUCAUCAUGACAACGGUGGAGAAGACUUCAGAGUUUUACUCAACAACCCAGGAUAUACCAGUGGAAAUAUUAAUUGUGAAUAUGGAAGGAGUAUCGGCCCUGGCCAAGAAGAAUGCAGAACAGAAGAAUCUACUACAAAUGCAGAUAGAGUUAAUGGAGCUGCUGAUUUUGUUUAUGUCAGUGAAAAUGAAGGUGGAAGACCUGAAGAUAAUCUGAGAAUAAAUGAAAACAGAGAACAUAUGCCUGCAGAGGAAAAUGCUCCUGAAAGACAAGAAGUUACUUUAGAAGGUGAAUAUUUCAGUGAUUCCAGUUAUGGAAUUGGGGAAGAGAAUAUUAACUAUAAUGCACCAGGAGAACUUUUUGAGAGUGAUCCAAAUGAUGAGCAGCAUGGCACUGAAGAUCAAAUUAAUGAUCAAACUGAAUUCAGAGACAGUAGAAGACUCCAGGGCAAUCACAUCCAAAGCUUUAUUGACAUGGAUGAACAUAGAUAUGCAAUUGAUGGGCCCAGAGAUAACACAGUAAAUAUACAGAUGGGAAGUGAGGUCCAUGGGGAAAGUAUACAUUGGGCAUACAUUGAUGAAGGUGGAAGCGGUAAUGGUGGAGAUCCCAAUGAAGAAGGUUCUAGUGAUGGUUGGGGAGAUGGAACCUCAGAAAGUACAACAAACCUUGGAGAAAAUGCAACAGAAACCCAUAGUGAUAGGAAUAACACUCAGGCUUGUGAUACAAAAAUAACCAACCCAAACAAGGAAGGAGAGGGUGAUGCAGACACUGUGGAUGAUUCUCUCAACACUGAUAAUGAAGAAGGUUUUCAAGGUCGUGGUGAUGUAAGCCCUGAAACCAAGCGUGUGACAUGCCUUGAAAAGAAAAGAAACGAUGGGCUGGAUUCAAAUAGCAAUACUAAGGACACAAAGAACAACACUGCAGCUGUAAAUAAUAGCACGACAAGUGGUGGUAACAUGCAUGAUAAGGUUAUGAAUAUACCCAGCCAUGAAAUCCCCCAUCAAAAUACCAUCUGGACUCCACAGAGAAGUGACGGGGAAGGUAGCAGUGGCCACGAGGACACCAGUGAAAAUGAGAGCAACGGUGUGUACAGCUUCAGUGAUGAAUUGAUGCAAGGGGACGAACCCAACCAAAGCCAAGGUUCUGAAGGCUCAGAAAACAGCAGCCAGCAAGAUCUCCCCAGUCAGGCCAGUGAUGGGGAAAGCGCAUCCUUAGGAGAGGAAGAGGAGCAAAGCAGUUAUGCUGGCAGUGAGCAGUCAGACAGCAAAGCUGAAGACAAUGAAAGCCAACAGGAAAGCAAUGAAAGUAGCAGGCACUCAGGCAGUGAUGACAGUGAGAAUGGUGGCCCAUCUGUCAGCAGCGAGAGUGAGAGUCAACCUGACAGCAGCCAGAGCCAGUCUGAGAGCAGCAGUGAGAACGACAGUGAGAAUGAGAGCAUCAGCGAAAGUGACAGUAAAUCUGAAAGCAGCAUUGAUACUGGCAAUGGAUCCGACAGCAGUGGUGAGAGUGAUAGUGAAUCCAAGAGCAGCAGUGAAAGCGACAGUGAAUCCGACAGCAGCAGUGAAAGCGACAGUGAUUCCGACAGCAGCAGUGAAAGCGACAGUGAAUCCGACAGCAGCAGUGAAUCUGACAGCAGCAGUGAAAGCGACAGUGAUUCCGACAGCAGCAGUGAAAGCGACAGUGAAUCCGACAGCAGCAGUGAAUCUGACAGCAGCAGUGAAAGCGACAGUGAUUCCGACAGCAGCAGUGAAAGCGACAGUGAAUCUGACAGCAGCAGUGAAAGUGACAGUGAUUCCGACAGCAGCAGUGAAAGCGACAGUGAAUCCGACAGCAGCAGUGAAAGUGAUAGCAGUAGCAGCAGUGAAAGUGACAGUGAAUCUGACAGCAGCCGUGAGAGUGAUAGCAGUAGCAGCAGUGAGAGUGAGAGUGAUAGCAAUAGCAGCAGUGAGAAUGACAGUAGCAGCAGUGAGAAUGACAGUAGCAGCAGUGAGAGUGACAGUAGCAGCAGUGAGAGUGAAAGCAGCAGCAGCAGCAGUGAGAGUGACAGCAAAUCUGAUAGCAGCAGUGAAAGUGAAAGCAGCAGCAGCAGUGAGAGUGAUGCUGAGAGUAGCAGUGAGAAUGAAGAUAACAAUCAAGCAGACAGCAGUGAGAGUGACAGCCAAUCCAACAGUGACAAUGAGAGCGAUUCAGCAAACCAGUCCAGCAGCGAGAGUGCUGCAGAUACAACGGAGGAUUCAAAUGAAACUGAAUCUGAAGCAAGUGAGGAUAAUAACAGCAGCACUCAUUCAGACAGUGCAGCUUCCGACAGUGAAUCUCUAAGUCAAGGAAGUGAGAGCAAUGAUUUAACUAGUGAUUACUAACCAAAGAGAAGAAUGAGCAGUACACUUACAGCAAUGAGAACUGUUGGGAUGGCACAGGGGAAAAAAUACAAAGCCUAUUUGUAGAAGCCAAGUCAAUAGUCCUUAAACCAGUUAUUUUUUCUAAAGAUCAAUCAGACUUCAGAAUAAGUGCAGUUAAGGCAAACUAGAGAGCCAUUAAGAGAAGAAAAAAAACAUGUCAGGUUUUGAUAGACAUGAGCCAACAAUGCUCAGAGCUUUUGUUUCUAAGUAGAGCCAUUUUGCUUGCAAUGAAUAUGUAGCUUCACCUGUGGAAUUUUGAUUGUCAGUAAAUAGGAAAUAAAAUCAAAGCUCAGGUUCAGUUCUUCAUAUUACAUAUCUGCUCCUAAAAGGGUGGGCAUGAAGUGAUGACUUGCGAGCGUGAAUGAGCCUUGACUGAUAUAUCAUCACAUUGUGCAACCUGCUGUGGAUCUGAUUUAUUUAUUUGUUUAGUAUUAUGGCUCCAACAUCACAUGUUUAACUCUACAUAUUCCCCCUUUGUAAACUGUAAAAUAAAUUAUUAUUUUUCAUUGA